AUGCAGCGCUCCGUCGGUCAAUUAAGUGGAAUCGCGUCUGUAUUUUUGCGUGGAUUUCGUUCUUCUGCGUUUGCAGCAAUGCCGAUCAAGGUAAAAGUAUUUUUUCUUUCCCACAGUUUGUAGUAGGUUUAAUGUCUAUCGCUAGAUCUACCUCCUGGUACUGGAUAAUGUGCUUGUAUUUCAAAGCUUCGCUAUUUCACUAAAACCAGCACGUUAACUGCUGGGAAAUGACAGGCAAUUACGUCUCUUGUCACUUUCGGAGUAUUUUUCCUGGGCUGUCCUUGUCAAUUAAAAUUGCAAUUAAAAUUUAGCGACCGAGCUGCUCUUUGCUUGAGAUAAGCAAAGAGUUAUGUUUGCGUAAAGCAUGAGCGCGCCAUAUCAACUUUCCUUAUUACCAACUCGUGGUUCGUGUAUGACUAAGCAUUUUUAAAUGAUAAUUUUAAAAUAUCCUCAAUGUGAACAACUGCAGCUUAUUAAUAAAUUAUGCAAUUCCCAGGAGAAAAAUCAUCUUGAGUUUGGACUUUGAAUAUAGGAGUUUAUGUCUACAGACUUGAUGAAAUUUUCACAUUAAAACAUCGCAUGAAUAAGAUUAAGGCUCUUCAAGUUAAGCCCAACAACGUGUGCAUUCAAGUUCAUCUGAUGAAUAUUCCCAUGUGUGUUGCAUUUAUAUCAGUUUGUUUGUAUUAAAGGAAUAUCAGAGAAGAACAAAUAAACAAACAAAAAAUAAAACAAAACAGAACAAAAAUUUACAUGUUAGCCUUGCACGUUCAAAUUACAUAGUCAUCAAAUGCAGGGUGGGGGGGGGGGGGGGUACAUAAUGAUGAUUGCAUGGAGGAAACACAAGCUGUAUUUUGAUGAGCAAGGAGGCUCUAGGAAAUCUGUUUAAAUGUUCUUGGUAAUCAUCUCACAACAUCUAACCCUCAUGUUUAAGUGUCAACCUCUUGAUAUCUAAACACUGGAAAUAUUUCAGAGAGAAAUACCCCCCCCCUCUCUCUCAGAAAAUAUUGUUCCCAUUAUAAACUUAUUAUCCUAAUCUCUCCCUAAGAUAAACAGCAUUGUUGACAAAAAUUGAUGCACCUAAUUAAAAAAAAAAAUUAAAAUGCAUCCAUCUUUGCCAAGGUAACCUCAAAUUUACUAGAUUUCCCCUCUUCAGAGAAAAAAAUUAAUAUAUCUAAAUUGACCUCUAUCGGGGAGACUUAGAAAACUGUAGGGGAGACUUAGAAAACUGUAGGGGAGACUUAGAAAACUGUAGUAGAGACUGUAAGAUUUACUUGUUUCAGGAAACUUUGGAGAGAAGGGCAUGUGCAGUGCAAGCAUAUUCUUAACCCUCUAUACCUUAAUAUCAAUAUUUAUAUUCUCUACACUGUUCUCUAUACAUUUCCUACGGGACUGACAAGGAGAAUAUGGUAUUUAAUGGUAAUAGGACCCAGUGGAGUCUAAAUUUGUCAAUGGCAAGUAUGAUUACAUACCAAAUUGGAUGACGUGAAGUCCUGUUACCAGUUAAUCAUAACUAUUACAAUGUCUGAAAAAGAAAUAUUUACUUGAGUAAGGGCUUCCAAUAUCAAUUAUCAAUUUUCAGCAGUAAAAAAAAUCUUCUAUUUUGGAAAUUUUUCAGUUUUAAAAGGCAAGUGGUUGUUGCUAUGGUUAAUGUAAUCAAUUCUGGGAUUGGUGGAUUCAGCUCAUUGAAUGUAGUAGAAUUGGCUGCUUUAACUCUCUGGUUGCAGUUGUCUGAUUACAGCCAACUAUCUUAUUACACUAUGCAAUUACAACUUCACAGAACAGUUAAUGAAAAAAACAGAGCAGGUGAUGCACCAAUCACAUUUGAGGAAAUUGGAAUGGCUUAUGAUUGAACUUAGAAUGCUACCAUGCUGUCAUGUGAUAUUGGGACUUACUUUUAUUUGGUGUACCUACACUGCAGAUUGGUGACAAGCUUCCUUCUGUUCAAGUCAUGGAGGGAACUCCUAAAGACAAAGUCAAUGUGGCCACUUUGUUCUCAGGAAAAAAAGGGGUGCUAUUUGCUGUACCAGGUGCCUUUACUCCAGGUUGCUCUAAGGUUUGUGUGGAAUGUUAUGUGCAGUGAUUUGUGACAGAAAAAUGAGGUGAAAAUAUCAUACUGGUGUUAAAAUGUGGGCAGGAUGUUGACAGAAAGGUGCUGACAGUGAGAAAUUGAUUAACAAUCAUGAACCUCUUUACUUGGUGAUCAUUUUCCUUAUUCCUGUGACCCCAAUGGUUGAUUCAGGGGUGAUGUGGAAAGGAGGAAUUUUAAGUUAGUCAUUCUUGCUGGUUAAAAGUGACAAAUCUUACUGAUAGUUAUUGAAAGGUUGUGCCUAAAUAAGAAAAUAUUUAUUAUAGUAAUGGACUUUUUUUUUUUUAAAUGCUCAGACUCAUCUUCCAGGAUAUGUUGAAGAUUUUGAAAAAUUUAAGGUAAGGUGGAAAGUAUGAUAUGGUAGCCAUGAUGAUUGCAUUUAAAACAGCUAAUAUUUUGUUUCUAGUCCAACUUUGCUUAAAUUGUGGGUCUAUGAAUCUAAGUAAUUUUGUAAUAGUUGAUGCAACUAAAACUUGAAAAUUGAGAUGAGAUAUACAUUUUAACGUCCAUCGUUUACCAAGAAUGUAGUCUGAGUCUGGUAUUGAGAUUGAAUCCCUAACAAAUGUUAGCAAAAAAUUUUUCUUUUGAUUAGUUUCUCUGUAAACUGAAAUAGACACACAUACUUUGAAAAAAGAAAAAUGGGUCCUGAUGAAAAUGUGGAUUUCCAAUUUCCUACAAACUUGCCACAAGCCACUUCAAUUUGCCACCUGCACAAUGUUGCUCUCUGGAACAGUGUAUAAUUAUUUUAGGUUAUGAAGUAAAUUAUUAAAUAAAUAUUGGUGUACCUAAACAAAUAAACUCUUGGUGGUAGAUGGGAUAUUUUUUGACAUGUAAUUUUUUUUUUUUUGAUAUCCCUUGUUGCAGUAAUGUGAAAUUGACAAACCAAUUUUUUGUACAUAGAGCCAUUGCAUAUAAUGUUUUACCACACAACAUGAAGUUUAAGUCAAACAAAGAAAUGAUCCUCACAGACAAACUACAAUGUUAGCUAUUUCAGAAAAGAAGUCUGAAAAAAUUCAGGCUUCAAUGGGAUUUGAACCCAUGCCUUCUAGAGACUAGACACUAUUACCAGCUCAGAUACAGAGACACAGGUUAGGAACCAAGGAAAUUUUAAAGGGUUCUUCUUUCUUGUAAAGGAAUUUUUAUGUGAUGUUUCUGAGUCUAAGAAGUCUAUUAUUUUCUAGGAAAAAGGAGUGGAUAUUGUUGCCUGUAUCUCAGUUAAUGAUCCGUUUGUAAUGGCAGCUUGGGGAGAGGCACACAAAUGUGAAGGCAAGGUACAUGUACAGUACGGUAUUAGUGAAUGCACUGUAACCAGUACUUGUGACGUGUUGUCAAUCUAGAACUUAGUUAAUGCCUGUUUGGUCUGGUUUGCCAGACAAGAAGAACCCUGUAGAGGGACAAAGGGGGCUUCCCCACCCCUUUGUUAUUCUUACACCAACAUCAGUGUGCUACAAGGGAAGAUCCAUGUAUUUUUGAGAGGGGACGAAACACAAAUUUUUUUUUUAACAUUGAAGCCUUUAUACGCUUAUGGACUCACCUUAAGUGGACCCCCCCUGUACCUUCCCUUUGGACUCUCCUGAUGGACCCCCCCCCCACUGUACCCUUCCUUUGCACCCACCCAGUGGGCCCCCCACUGUACCGUCCCUUUGGACUCACCGAGUAAACCCCCACUGUACCCUCCCUUUGGACUCACCCAGUGGACCCCCCACUGUACCCAUCCUUUGAACUCCCCUACUGGACCCCCCACUGUACCGUCCCUUUGGACUCACUCAGCGGACCAGGGGGCGUCCUUACCUCCCGCGAUUUCCAUUACUUGGAGAUCUUGGUUCUCCGGUGGGUUUUCCUCAUGAAAAUAUUUGUGGUAGUUAAAUUAAUGAUGGGACAGAUUACUUUCCCUGUAUCGUUUAUCUUCAUGCAAACCAGUACCCAUACAUUUUUGCAUAUCAUUGUUUAUAUGUAAUUCGAAAGUUGGGUGUUUUUUUGUUUCCAGAUCCGCAUGUUGGCUGACACACAAGGUGAAUUCACAAAGGUGCGUUUUUAUUUUUCUUUAGUCAAACCACUUAAAAAAGUUCUUUUGGAUUCUGUUUUCGAAGGGUCUUUCUUCUUUUUAUUCUAUUCUUUGCUUCGUUGUAAAGUUCAAGAACAGGCUCAGGGUCAAAGGUCAUAUGGAAGGAUUCGGAAAAGUUGAUGGACCAUCAACAGCAAAUAUGAGAAGGGGAGGGGAGGGUGUGAUCGUCUCCCACCACUGUGGCCUGGGUUCUAUUCCCAGACCUGGUGUCACAUGUGGGUUGAGUGUGGUGUUGGUUCUUGUCCUUUGCUCAAAGAGUUUUUUGUCCGAGUUCUUAAGUUUUCCUUCCGUUGCAAUUUGAAAAAAAUUUAUUAAAUAUAAACAUCUUUUGUUUUCUCAUCGAAAAAGUGUCUCUCUUUGAUGAGAAAACAAAAGGUAUUUAUAUUUCAUGUCUGUUUUCAAAUUAUAUUUAUAUAAAUAUGAAGUAAGAGUAAUGAAUGGUAUGAGACAAAUAUUGACAUUUCAUAUCUUAAAAUGUUUGCCUUGCCUUAAAAAACUAUAGACUAUGAAAGGUGGUAUUCAAAACGUUAAUGCUUUUUCAUACUGCUGAACACAUUUCGCCAAACAUGCGACUCUCUUUGCGUAUUUAGUCACAAAAAUUGUCGCAGCUUGGAGAGCUGAUGUGCGAUACAGAAAGCAUCGUUCAUGCCAACCGAAAAACGGCAAGAGAACUUCUGCGGAGUCUUUCAGUUCUGAUGAUUAUGUCGCUUCUUUGUUGAAGCAUUUCACUCUUCAAUCUUGGCUAGCUGGUUACAUCUUGACAGUCCCAGCUGUAAAACUUAUCGUAUAUUCAACCGUGGUCUCUUUCCUUGGUCUCUCAGUAUUUAGAUCUGAGAACGGCAAGCGUAUGCUACUGAUUGAUGGGAGAUGUUAUAAAGAGUAGCGGGCGUCCUGUGCUCUGUGUCGACGAGUUAAUUGAAAGAACGAUUUGCUAGAUAAGAUCCUGAUCGCGCUGUGUUGUUUUUUAUAUUUAAACAUGUCAUGUGAAAAAUUGCUGCGGUUCUUUCCUUUAAUCUCCGAAUAUGAAGAACUUCGCUUAAGUUACAUCGCUAACUGUGUUUUGAACAUUUUUCUGAAUUAUACCGCGGUGAUGUUGAACAUUCUGACGAUAUAUGCAAUACGGAAAACUUCGCCAUUGCCGAAGACAACAAAAACUUUGCUUGUGAGUCUUUCUGUCUCUGAUGUUGGUGUUGGUUUGGUUGUUCAACCGUUUUACUCUUCACUAUUGGUCAACUGGCUACAACAAGGCAGCAUCAGCUGCUACACUUGCCGAGUGUUUCUUAUCAUUGGUUUUUUAAUUUUUCAAGCUUCGUUCCUGGGUGUGAUGGCUGUAACUGUGGACAGGUUCUUAGCUGUUUAUCUUCAUCUCAGAUACCAGCAACUUGUGACGCACAAGCGUAUUGUUGCCGUGGUGACCUCAAUAUGGGUGUUCAGUGCAUUUGCUUCUUUUAUAAGAUUAAGUGGUGUGCGUUUUAUUCAGCCCGUAAUCCAGUACAUCGGUAUUCUUCUUGGUCUUGUCGUGAUCACAGGAGUUUAUAUCAAGAUUUAUUUCGUCGUGAGACGACAUAAAACUCAGAUCCAGUCCUUGCAAGUACAGAGAGGACCGCGUGGCGAAAUAACACAAAUAGCCAGUCGUAUAAAAUCUGCAAUCGCUAUAUUCUAUGUGUAUGUUGCUUUUCUAAUUUGUUGUUUGCCGUACGUCAUUUGCGUCUCCAUUAUUCAAUUCAACGGUCCUUCCGUUACAUUGAAGGGUUUUCAUCUUUUCUCACUAACUCUAAUUUUUCUGAAUUCGUCUCUUAACCCUUUAAUUUACUGCUGGAAGAUGAGACAUAUUCGACAUGCUAUCGUGGGCAUACUGCGCACCUUUUCUGGGAAAACAUUUAAUGUACGUUUAUCGUACGAUCGGUCUUCAAGUGUCGUUCAUCUUGAUACCUGAACCCUUCCGUUUGACGAACUGAACCCGCGUUUAGUUUGCCCGUUAAAAGGUGGUCAAACAAGCAUAAAGCUAAACUGAUCCAUACGACUGUGCUAAAAGAAUUUUGAAACUAGAUUGUGAAGCAUUAUUUUAACAAACCGCGAGCAGGACUCUGAAAUUGGCGAAUCAGAUUGCCGUGGAAAAGAAUUUGAAAUUAAUUCUUGGAAUUAAACUUUUUUUCAAAACAGAUAUUAAAAGAAAUUAAAAUUGUCUCAAUUUAACUUUUGAACUUUAUCUGAAUUUCAUCUUUUUGAUUUGUGAAACUAUAUUUUAGGUUUUCUUUGAAUACCUUAAAGAAAGCCGAACACAAAUUUAUUUCAGGGAGACAUGCGAGGCACAUUUGAAUUAAGUCGUUGUCACCGUCUAUGAAAAGUUGUAUUUUUAGCCCUUAGACUUGUGACGUGUAAAUGCGAAUAAUUUCAAAACCAGGGUGUACUGAUCGGGAAACCAACAUCUCUCCUUUGGAUUAUGAGAGUUGAGGUAAUGAUGAACUAGCGGAUAUGGCCUUGAUUUAACACCAAAUUCUGAGACCUGACAGAAAAAAUAGGCUUAGUAUUAGUCGGGAGUGGAUAGCGCUGGUGAAAGGUUUAACUGUUUUUAAGAUUAUAGUACAUCGCUAUGUUUUGCGUGAAUUUUUUUAAUCGCCGGAAGAUGGAUGAAUUGUGCACAGAAGAGGAUAGUAAAGGUAGAAACGACAUUCACGAUUUAUUUGGCAAUGUAACCGUAUUGAUGGGUUCAAAACGACUGGUUUGAGUGUCUUUUUCACCAUUAUUUUAAGCAUUUUAAGGCCAACUUUUCUUGAAAACAAGAUUCUGGAUAUGAAAAUAGCAACAGCAGGUGGCCUCAUUCGUAGGUGUUUUGGCCUUUACCGGAAUGGAAGUUAUCAGUUCUUUGUUAGAUUUUUUGUUUUGGUUUAUUUUCAUGUUCUUCCUUCGGAAGUGAGUAACUUUUACGUUAAUGUAACUUCCAAGUUUUAAAAAGGUGAGUGUGAUCUUAAACUGUUUGAAGAAAUAAAACCUCGUGUAGAAACCCAUUCUUGAAAGAUUACUUUGACAGAUAAAUGACUUUUGAUCUUUGAGCUUUCGUACAUGCUACUUUUGCGGCAUUUUCAAAUUUAGUGUUGUGGUUUAUUACGGAAUACAUAAAAAGUUUUCCGCGGCACAAGAAUCAGAGCCAGCCUUGCCUCGCAAUUUCAAGAAUUAACUCGGUCUAACAAUGAAAUGACAAUUUUUCUGGACCCCUUAAAUCAACACUAAGUUGGUAUAAACUGCGUUGAGCAUUUUCAUUCAGUUUCCGGACUGUUUCCGGUUCCUAUUUAUACAGGUAGUCUUCGUGAAGAGGCUUUGUGGGAGUAAGGUGCCAGAUCUCUAGCUCCAAAGUUCAGCGCGCUAAUAGCUAGGCUGGGACAUUUUCCACUCUGAAGUUUAAAUUUACCAAUAAAGAAAGAAUACUUACAAAACUACACAUAUCUCGUCUUAUUCCCUUCAUCCCUUCAAUUACUGUAGGCUGUUGAUAUGGAGCUUGACGCGAGGCCAUUUCUUGGAAAUGUACGGUCAAAGAGAUAUGUGAUGGUGAUCGAAGAUGGACUGGUGACAGCGCUCAACGUAGAGCCUGAUGGUACUGGACUGAGUUGCAGUCUGGCUAACAGCAUUCUGAGUGCAUUGUAG